GCUGCACUCUCAGUCUUCUUCUCUGCGGCCGACGUUUGUUGUUUGUCGAAGGCAUCACGUGUUUCCAAGUCUUAUUAUUCCUUUCUCUCUUUUCUCCUUCCUUCUUUCUUCCGCCAUCAAUUCCCUCCUUCAGCCACUUCGAAAAGAACACGUGAUUCUCGACUCCGCCGCACUGUUCUCUCGCUUUCCGUCUCACCCAAUGGACGAUUCCAACGCACGAUUUCUAUAAAACAAAAGGCUCGAGAAGGGUGAGGAGAGAGGAGGCGGAGGAGGAGGAGGAAGAUGGGAAGAAGCAAGGGAGAGAAGUCCAACUUCAAUGAGACGUGCAGGCUGUUGAGCCAGUACUUGAAGGAGAAGGGCGGCUUGGGUGGCCUUGGCUUGGAGAUGACCCCUAAAGCUCUUGAUCAACAGGGUAAAGGUAAAUCUCCGGCGCCGGCGACCAUGAGCCUGUUGCCAGGGGUGGAUGUGCCGGGAGAGGAUCAAACAUCUCCGAAAUCCAUGGAUCUCUUUCCCCACAAGUCUGGUCUUGAUUCAGGUGCUCUAGCCAUGGAGGAACCUGGCAAGAAGACCUCAGAUAUCAAGAAGAUGGAGAAGGGCCAACUGACGAUCUUCUAUGGUGGAAAGGUGCUGGUUUUUGAUGAUUUCCCAGCCGAAAAGGCCGAGGAUCUGAUGCAGAUGGCGGCCAAAGAAAGCGUUGCGCCCCAAAAUCUCAGCUUUUCCACCCAUCACUCCUCCACUGCCAGAGCUGAUGGCCCUCGGUCCGGCGGAAGUCCGGCGACGCCAGCCCCUGCGGAUAGCCUGUCGAAGGCCAAUGCUUCAGACAUGCCCAUAGCCAGAAGGAACUCCCUCCACCGAUUCCUCGAGAAGAGGAAGGACCGGAUCAACACCAAGGCCCCAUAUCAAGUACAUGGUUCUUCUGCAUCCAUGGAGGAGGGCAAGCCAGAGUCGUGGCUCAACCUAGGCCGGCAAACUCCGCAGCCAGAGCAGAGCUCAGAGAGUAGCAAGCGGCAGACAUAUGGAUGUGUUGGGCACAACUGAUACAGAGCUCCAUCUGACUAUGGUGAUCAGUUGUCAGAUCCGCUACUUGUCGUCCUUGUAGCCUCCAUCGUCAUCCUCUUAGCGAGAGGACGAUCAGAGUAAGAGAGGUGGUAGUGUUGGGUUUUUCUUGGUUGAUGUAACCUUGUAUUUUUGUAAGAACUCCCUCGUCGGGGAAUGUUCUUAUUUGCCAGUUAGAACUGCUGAUCUCUGUCUUGAACUUGAA